AUGAGCAAACGAGCAAGAGAAGGUUGUUACUUGUCGGAUCAAUCAAUAUUCAACAAUGAUGAUGCUAUUAAUGAUCAGCUAAAUAAUUCCGAAUCAGAAUUAAAAAAGAAAAAAUUAAAAGAACAAAAUUACAUCCUUCCCGAUGAUGUAAUUUAUGAAGUUUUACAUUAUUAUUCCGGUAAUUUUAAAUUUAUUGUGAUGAAUUGUGCAUUGGUUUCAAAACAGUGGUUGAAUGUCAUUUUGGAAAGAUUGAAAUUACAUAUGAAAUGUAAAAACAAUGUGAAAUUGAAUGGUGAAUUUUUACAAAAUAUUGAAACAUUGUCAGUGAACUUUCGGAUCAAAGGUGUUGUGUUUAAUUGUGGAGUAUUUGACUUGAUGAGUAAAUCAUUAACUACACUGUACAUUAGUAGGAACAAUAUUGAAAACGAUGGAGCCAAACACAUUAGUGCAUUGAAACAGUUGACACUUCUUAAUAUUAGUUCAAACAACAUUGAGGAAGAAGGAGCAAAAUAUAUAGGUAAACUAGAGAAAUUAACGUAUCUUGAUAUCAGUAAGAAUGAUAUUAGAAGUAAUGGAGCUCUAUAUAUUAGUGAACUGAAACAACUAACGAGUCUUGUGAUAUCAUCAAACAAUAUUGAUGAGGAAGGAGCUGCGCACUUGAUUAAACUGACCAAUUUAACAGAACUUGAAACUGUUAGAAAUGAAUUUGGUGCUGAAGGAGCUAAACAUAUAAGUGAAAUGAAGCAGUUGAUCAAUCUUAAUAUUAAUGACAAUUUUAUUGGAGAUGAAGGAGCUAAAUAUAUAAGCGAAAUGAAACAGCUCACAAUUUUAAAUAUUGGCUCGAAUGAGAUUACUGAUCGAGUAAAUUUUGAAAACUUUGGUCAAUUGAAUCAAUUAACAGAACUUUACAUUGAAGAUAAUUCUAUUCAGACUAACGCAUGUAAAUACAUUAGUCAACUGCAAAAUUUAAACCUGCUGGAUAUAAGCGGUAAUAAUGUUGAUGCUGAAGGAGCCAAAUAUAUUAGUCAAAUGAAUCAACUAACUGAACUCGAAAUUCACACGAAUUCAUUAGGCAAUGAAGGAGCUAAACAUAUUUCAACUAUGAAAGAAUUAGAAUAUCUUUAUCUUUGUGAUAAUGAUGUAAGUGUUGAAGUAAAACAACAUAUUAGGGAAAUAUAUCAAGAUAUCGAUGUGAUUCUAAAUCUUUAA